AUGAGAGCUUUUAAUACAAUUGUUGUUGCCUGUUUGGCAUUCCUUUCGUCCACAGUCUGGGCUUUUCCCGCUCAAACUCUUGAUAAUGCCUUGAUGGUAAAAAGACAUUCAGAAAUGAACGAUCUUAUUGCGGAUUUGGACUUUUUCGUUGCCAAAAGAGAAGACUAUUCUGGCGAAGAACUCGUGGCAAGAGAAUACCAAAUUGUUACUCAAGUUUUGACUUUAAUUAACCAAACCCAAGUUGCUCCUCUUGUUUUGCAAUACGUUUUAGACGAUCCAACCUUAUCUAAAAUUGCCCAUGAUGUUAUUUUGAAUGCUAUUGAAAACACAAAGAUCGAUUACACCUUAUUGUUGACUUCUUUGAAUGACUCUGGUUUGGCUGUUGAUGUGAUAAGGGCUGUAAUCUCAGAUUGUCAUUUUUAUAAGGCUAUUUAUGAUUUGGUAUUGAGUGAAAUUGGUAACUUGGGUUCAUUGAUUCUUAGAAUCAUAUCUGGUGGAUCCAUCACUACUUCUGAUAUUAAAAAGAGAACGCCUGAAGCUACUGAAUUGGCUGUCUUUGAACCUUACCCACAGGUUUAUGCUAGAGACACUCAAGAAAUCGUUACCAACCUUAUGGAAUCCUUAAAGAACUCGGGUUUGGCUAACCAAGUUGUGUUGACUCUUGUUACAAACCCAGCUUACUUGAAGUUUGGUAUUAACUUGGUUACUGAUAUCAUUAAAUCUGGUGCCAUUGACUUUGGCGAUUUGAUCAAUGCUAUCAUUCAAUCUGGUUUGGUUCCUUCUCUUAUCAAGUCCUUCCUUAACAUUAGUACCUUCAAGACUGUGAUUGUUAACGCUUUGGCUGCUGCCUUCGGUAAGUGUGGUGGUAACACUGCCACCUUAACUAGUACUUCAGCUUCAGCUACUACUACAAAGGCUUCCUCCACAGGUACAGGAACAACAAAUACAGGAACUGCUACUUCUCUGACUACCCAAGCCGGUAGCUCUGGUAACUGUAUUGUAAUCAAGAGAAGAAAGAGAUCCCUUUAA